CGCGCCCGCGGCCACGCCCGCCGGCGUCCAAGGUGUACGUACACCGCAUGCGGGCGGGUCACCACGCCGGGCUGAGCAUUUGGAGGUCGAAAAAAAGCCAAGACAACCCUGCGAAAAAAGUAGGCUUCCCGUAGAAAGCGAGGUGGCAGCAAAGGCAAGGAAGGCGUACUGGUCCUUGGAAGAAAACGCAGGAAAAAAACACGUUUCCUUCGGUGUCUUGCGACGUUCUCUGCCCAGCUCACGCAGUGAAAAAAGCCGCUGCGAGCUGAGUUGCGGCGACGGAGGAAGGCCGCCUUUUUUUCGCAUACUCCCGUGAAAUUCUAUCUGAAGGCUUCGAAGAUUCUGUCUAGCGCUAGUUGCAGCUUUUCAGCCGUGGACAACGGGAGAAGGAGGGAUUUGCGUAGUUCCGUCUCCAUGGGGGUUCGCGCAGCGGAAAGCGAACGGUAGAAGAAGGACUGCGUGUCUCUCUCUGUGCAUGAGCAUGAGGCUCAGGCCUACGGUAAAAGAACGCUGAACUCGCGCGACAAUGCAUCCCAGAAGAACCAGCAGAGUUCGCAGAAAAGGGAGAGCGAAAAGCUGGACGCUUGGCAGCGGGAGUUGGCGGACACAGCCGAGACUCUCGAGAGCAUUCGCGCUGCGCUUCCGCCUACCGCGGGCAUGGUUCCGGACCUCCCUCGCGUGCUGCGCGUCGACAGGGGAGAGAGGGGAAGAGGACCGAGGUCGAAGAUGGAAGUUGAAGAAGAUGCUACUCUCAGAGACUUCCAGCCUUGGAGCAGCGGAGGCGCUGAUCUCUGCAGUCUUCUCCUCAGAGGUGACCCUCUCCGCCAAGCCAAGCAACAGGUAGCCAGCAUGCGCGAGAGCGUAGCGGUUGUCGAGGACUUGCUUCAGCAAGUCUCUGGAUUCCACCAGCUGCUGCUCGCGGAGUUGAAGACGAAGUCCAGAGACAUCCGAGCCUUCGUCGCCGCCCUCACGCACCGCGGCCUCCAACUGCCGGUCGCGACGAAGCGCCCUGGGCUCCCUACGCCGCCGCCGCUGCGCAGACUCCGCCGGAGGCUUCUCUCCAAGCAGAAAGCGGAGACACGCGGCUUUGACCUGGCGGCAAAAGCCGGAAUCGCGGAAGAGAAGAAUGCCUGCAGCGAGGGAGGAAAAAAAGAGAAAGCGAAGGAGAAGAAAGAGGGAAAGGCAGCGGAGGAACGCGAAGAAGGAAGGGAGGAAGAAGAGGAGGAGAGAACCGAAGAGAAAGACGCGGAAGGAGAUGAGGAAGAUGACGUGGAAAGAGGGCGAGGAGAAAACGGGGAGGAAGAAGGAGAUGCCGCAGGAGAGAGAAAAGGAAAAGAAGAAGACAGGGAGAAAGAAGGAGAUGCCGAAGGGAAGGGGGAAGCGAGGAGCGACGGAGAGAGAAAAGAGCGACGAGGGGAGUUGAGAAGAAGAGGUGGAAACGCGGGAGAGAGAUGCGGAGACAAGGCGACAAGUCUCAAAGAGGAAGAGAACGAGAAGCGGAAAGAGAGUUUAUCCUUUGGCUUUGAGGCUUCUCCAAAGACACCCCAGCAUAGAAAGAAAGAGCGAAGCAGACAAUGCGAGAGGAGUACGUCUCCUUUCUCGGUCUCCGCCCCUUUCGCCGGCACUGCUCUGAGGAACGCGACACCAGGCUACAAAGAUGAAACGCCCUGCCGUUCUCUGCUGUUCCUCUCUUCUCACUCUUCUUCUCCUCACUCUCCAUCUUCUCCGUCCCGACCUUUGUCUCUUCCUUCUUCCUGUUCCUCUCCUCCUCAGUCGUCUUCCCUCUUGCCUUGUGCUUCCUCGGCUGUCCAGAACAUUUCUCCUUCUCUGCGAAGCGACGACUCUGCCUGUUGGCAUCCUCAUGCUGUCUGUACGGCUUCUUCUCUGGGCGCAGAGCGGGAGGAAAGCAGAGACGCAAGCGGAGAGGGGGGAGAGACAAGUCUUCUUCAAGAGCGACAGAGAGAGAGACAGGCCCAGAGGAAAAGGCGAGGAGACGCCGGAGGAGCACAGCGAACUGUGCGAACUCUGCCGGCCGCUCCCGCCUCCUUAGCGAUCACCGAUGUCUCUCCAGGAGCGGCGACAGAAGCCGAGAGACUCCGCAGGCGUCACAGGCGAAGAAUGAGUCCUCUUGCGUCUCCCUCGAACUCAGUUGAGGGGGUGAAAGAGCUUAAGAGAGAGAAGGAGUCGACCGCACUCUGGAGACAGCAUCCCUCACUUGCUCUGCCAAGCAGAGAGACAGACAGCCCCUCCGGCUCUGUGGUUCAUAUGGGAGAAAGAGAGUCGAAAACGAGGGGGGAAGAGGCGGACACAUGCAAGGCUCUGGAGGGGUCUUCGCCUUCCGAGUCUUUGGCACCUUCGCGCUCGAUGUCUGCCUCUUCUUGUGCGUCUGGGGCUUCUCCUUUCUCUGCGACGGAAACCUCUUCCUUGCUUGUUCCCUCGCCAUCCACCCGCUCUCACAAGCGAAAAAGAACUCCGCAGGCUUCCGCGCUGACUUCUUCGAGUCUCUCGCCUUCUUGCGACGCGGAGGAAAAGGAAAAGACAAACGACAGGGGAACGGUCAAGUCGCGACGCGUCCUCCCGCCCUCCACGCUUUCAUCUCCUUCUUCUCUCUCUUCUUCUCUCUCGUCUUCCUCCUCCGCCUCUUCAGUCUCUUUUUCCUCCACUUCAGUCUCGGAGACAGCUAGCCGGCCUGACAGGGCCGUCGCAAGCGACGCGUUGGACGGAGGAGUAGCGGCGGAGAAGCUGUGCGAGAGCGGAGACGUCAGUCGUUCUUCUCAGCAGGAGGGUACCAUGGGUCCCUGCCCUUUCUCGGAUGCUGGAGCAAGAGAAUCUUCUUCCACUCUUUCUCACUCUGCUCCUUCUGCUUCUUCGUCUCUCUCUUCUUUUGCAUUGAUUCACGCAACUUCAUCUCGAAGAAAGUCAACUCGUGGGGGGAGACUUCAGAGGCCGAGUCUGCAGUGCGGGUCAGGCGGAGAAAGCUGUCUCUCGGCGAGUGCAGAAGAGACAGGUAUCUCCGCGGACGCCCCCUGGGAACCAGCCUCCGAGGGGGGCCGCGGACAGCCAGCCGCGUGGACCGAGCUACCUCCAGCUGCUAGCCAGUCUGUGAAGACGCGGAAGACAGGCAGAAGCUCCGCGAGACGCAGCAAGACAGGUGACAGCGGCUGCGCGGAGGGGGCAGGCGAGGGAGAGACCAGCGAUGGUCUUCUGGGUACUCGGGGCGGCGGAAGUCGGGAAGAAGAGAAGGCGAGGAAGGAGGCAAUGGAGACAGAGGCGAGCGGCGACAGAGAAAGGCUGGCGACAGAGGCGACCGCCAAAGGCCGGCGCAGAGAGAACGGGGAGACCGAAAACUUCUGUUGCUCUGCGUCUGCGUCUUCAAAAGCAGAACGGGGGAGAUCGGAGAAAACGCGCCGAGAGAAAGCUUCUCGGCAGAAAGAGAGAGUUAUGAGCUCGAGCUCGACAGACUCCUCGAGCGAGGACGCACCAGUGUCUCGGAGGCGCCUCUCUCUUUGUCUCUCGUGUGAGCCAGGACUCCGCAAAUCUCGAAACCGGAAAACGUCACCCCACCCCCGUGCGGGGAUCUCUCCUUCUGUCUCUUUCUCACCUCAGUCUCUUCUUUCCUCAGGUCCUCCUGCUUACGCUUCUCACUUGUCGUCUCCUUCGGAUGCCGCUUCGUCUUGCGCGUCGGCGUCAGCAUCUGUCUCUGCGCCGGACUGCGGGGUCGAGGCGAGAGCGCCUGCCUCAGCUGUCUCGAGGAAAGGCGAAGAGAAGAGUCCACAGGCGGGCUCGAUCGCAGAGGAAACGACGCCGGGAAAUCGAGUUAUCCAGCGUGGGGGCCGCGCCAGCUGCCGCCAACGAGGCGCAGAGCGACGCGCGAACUCGGGGAGACCCGGCGUCCAGAAGGUUUCGCGGAGUUCUCCUCGAGGGAGCAAAGGAAGCGACGGAAAGGCAAGGAAGGGAACAGCUGACGAUCUUGUCCCUUCGAAGGAGAAGCGUCUUCGCCUCGGCGACGAGAAGGAUCCGUGGCUCCCCUCGGGAGGUCAGACCCCCCGGUCGCGAAUGGAACCACGUUCGAGCGCGUCGGGCUCCAAAGGGCCUUCGGACGCGUUGGGCUCCAAAAGGCCUUCGGACACGUUGGGCUCCAAAGGGCCUUCGGACGCGUUGGGCUCCAAAGGGCCUUCGGACACGUUGGGCUCCAAAGGACCUUCGGACGCGUUGGGCUCCAAAGGGCCUCCCCUGGGCGGCGAGGGCGACGGCCCUCUUUGCAGAGAUGUGCUGAAGAGAGAGACCUCAAACAGCGCCCCUGGCGGGGCGGAAGCGAGGGCUCACGUACAGAGCCAACGGUCCGCCCAGAGUGUUUCUCCUCCGUCUUCCGAUUUUUCUCUUCCCUCUUCGCUUUCGGUGGAGCCGAUGUCGGCGUCCUCGCCGCAGGCGUCCGACUCUGUUCGAGGCGCUGGAACGCACAAACAGGAGACAGACAAGAAAGGAAAAGAGACAGACGGACAAGGAACGGAGAAGGGCGAAGGCGCGAGUCGAGAACAUGGAGGAAGGCACGAGCAGAAACUGGCGAGAGAAGGAGUUUGUGAGGGGAGACAAGCGGAGAGAGUGGAGACACUGGCGCCAUGUCUCCCAGACCUUCCUUCUGUUCAGCUGGCUUCAGCCGGCGUCCUCGAUCUGGGACAAGCGCGAGAAAGAAGUGGAGACAGACAGGUUGAAGGGAGCCAUUCAGGUUUGCAGCUGUCGAGCAGCGACGCGGAGACUCUCGGCGUCUCUGCAUUGACCGAUGGAGCCUCUUCAGAGCGUGAAAAGGCUCCGUGCAGAGAAGAAGCGAGAGCCGGCAGGAGAGAGGGAGAAGAAGAGCAGACAACGGGAGAAGAGUUAGAAGAAGAGACAACAAAGAAAAGAAAGAGAGAAGACACGCGAACGUCUGAACUGAGGCCCAGAGAUCAGGCAGGCGAAGCACCGCCUACUCAGAGAGACGCUGCAGAAGCAACGAGGCAGGCGACCAGAGUGGAACAAGUUGAGGCUGCAGAGGAGGUCGAAGAGUGGGACAUGGAGAGAGGGUCGGAGUCCGGCAGGAGUCGAAGAAAAUGUGCCGAGGAGGAGACGAAAAGACACAGCGAGAGAGAAACAGAGAGAGAGAAAGAACAAACGGAACUCAAAGAAGAAGCAGGAGGAGAGAGGGGAGCGAAAGGAGACAGAGGAGAGAAAGGAGAGAGACGAGGGAAAGGAAACACCGGAGAGGAAGGAGAAAGAGAGAGAGGAGAGAAGGGCGAACGAGAGAGAGACAACACAGACAGAAGAGGAGACAGAGGGAAGUCGCACGGCAGCAUUGGUCACGGUCGGCGCCUCGAGGGAGGCGAAGAAGCUGCAGAAAGUCGAAGAUGGAGGCGAGAGGAAGAAGAAAGAAGUGGAGGGGACAGGAGAGACAUCUUUAGUGCGCAGCGGAGUCAAAGAAGCUUUUUUUCUUUUUCUCAAAGGCCUUGCCCGUACCAGCCGCUCUGGGCGGCGCAACAGCAAGAGCGACGUCGAUGCUUCUCCUCUCGCCGUGGCUCCGGCUCCGGGCCGGCGGACAGGGGCGACUCCGGGUGUACGUACACUUCAGUGGACAGGCGGUCGUGGAGCAGAGCGGACAGAAGCCGGGAGGGGAACUGGCGCAGCUCACCGCCGCGCCGAGACGAGGGAAGUCGAGGGAGAGGCGAAGAGAAAGCUCGCCACCGAGAAGGCUGCGCCACCCACUCUGCUGCCGCCUGUCGGCCUUCCUACGGCGAAGAUUCUCGGCGCGACGAAGGAAAAUGGUGGCUGGAACAAGGCAGACCAGAAAGACAUGAAAGCCGAAACUUCCUUCCGUCUCGGAUGUAUCUGCGGCGGGAAGACGCGGACUCUCGCUCUUCAUGGGACAGACGCCUUCCUCCCGCUUCCUUUUAUCAAAGCAAAUCUCUCAAAUCACGAUCUUUCUCCUAUUCGCUUCAGUCCUCUUCCUUCUCUUCAUCCUCUUCUUCCUUCUCUUCGUCCUCUUCUUCCUUCUCUGGAUCAUCUUCUUCCUUCUCUGGAUCAUCUUCUUCCUUCUCCUCGUCCUCGUCCUCUUCUUCCUUCUCUUCGUCCGCGUCCUCUUCUUCCUUCUCUUCGUCCGCGACCUCUUCUUCCUUCUCUUCGUCCGCGUCCUCUUCUGUCACUUCAUCCUCUUGUUCAUCCUCUGCUUCCUUCUCUUCGUCCACUUCCACGUCUUCGUCUCCUUCGUUGUCUGCUGUCAUCUCUCCUCACUCGCCUGGUCUCUCCGCGCGCCCUUCGGCCUCCCGCACUCCUUUUCUCGAGUCGCGUGGACUCGCAGAUGCAGCUGCAGGCGCCAAGGACUCAGAAGAGACCAGGCGUCCUCGGACUUUGUCCUUGUAUGCGUCUUCUCAGUCUUCUCUCUCUGUCCCUUCGUCUUCGUCUGUCUUCUCCUCGCCUAUCUCCUCUUCCACAGUUUCUUCCUUCGCCUCUGCAUCUUCCUGUCUUUCUUCGUCCUCUGCUUCGUCUGCUUCUUUCUCUGCCUCUUCUCGUCUUCCCUCGUCUUCCUCCUCCUCUGCCUCUGCUUCCUCUCUUGUUGACUCGUUUCCUGCUGCGCCUGAAGCACUCGAGCCAGGUUCAUCGAGGGUCGCCCAAUACCUUCUGAGACUCUGCGCGUCGGGCGUCUCCAAGUCUGUCUCCGCUAAGGAGUCUCUGCGGGCGCCUAUGGCGAAACCGCCUCUUGAUCCUCCCUGUGAUCCGCCUGGCGACGGACGCAGCGAGGAGGUGCAAAGGCAGAAGCUCAGUUCCACUGACUGUUUCUCCUGCGAAGCAGAGAAAGAAAACAAAGAGGAAGCGAAGUCGCACUCCGGUCACUUGCCGUUUUCUCUUCCGUCCUCCAAUUUUCACCUCUGCUCUCCUUUCUCUUCUUCUCUCGCAUCUGCAUUCGCUUCCUCGUCUCCUUCCUCUUCAUUUUCUUCCACGUUUUCCUCUUCCUCCUCUGCAUCUUCUACUUCUUCAUCUUCCUUUUCUUCAUCUGUUUCCAGCUAUUCGUUUUCAUCUUCUCCACUGUCUUCGUCUUCCUCCUCGUCCUCUUCUGUCUCGUCGUUUCGUUCCGAGUCAAAAGGGCACCGGUGCUCUCCAGCGCGGCUAGCGGGACCUGCUCUGGGGUCCUUGGGAUACGAGCGAAGGCCCUCUCCAACGAAGUCUGUCUCCUCGAAAGCUGCAACGACGAGUGAGAACGCUCGUGAAGUGGAGGAAGGCGGCAGAGCCUGGGGAGUAGUGACAGAGAGAGGAGACGGAGUUCCGGAAAAGUCAGAGAGCGGUGAGGGCGGGUGGCGAGAGCACGCUCGUCGACUGGAGGCGAAGACACCUCGUCUGUUUUCCGACGAACUGUCGUUUCGACUCCGCGAAGAGUCUCGGCCGGAGAGCGACCGAGGGGAGAGAACCAAGCGUUUCUCUCCAGACGAGGUGGAGACGCUUGAUGUGGAGAGCAAGACGCGCGAAGAGAAACGAACAGAGAAACCAGAAGAGAGUCGCGGAAAACGAGGCACUGCUGUGGAAGCGCACAAAACGUCUACGCAGGUCCAAACUCGGGAGGCAUGCGACGAGGGAACGGCAGAAGAGAGGACGAAAAAGAAGAAAGAAGAGGGAGAAGAAGAUGGGAGAGAACAGCAGGCGAAAGAGGAAGAAGAGGAAGAAGAGGAAGGGGAAGUGAAGGAAGAUGCGCCUGGUGUGCAGAGAGAAGAGGGGAAGAAAGCUUGUCCGGGAGAGACACUCGAGGAGGCAGCGGGGGAGGCGAGUCCUUGGGAGAAACAGGUGAAGCCUUCGCUUACGCUUUUUGGGGCUUUUCGGACGAUGACUUUGCAGGUGAAGGGAAUGAAAGCGCGGAGAAAAGUUUCUCGAGACACAAAGAAGAAGGAGAUUUUGGAAGGGGAAAAAGAGAAGGACGCUACGCGACAGAGUCAGUCAAACCACCCAGAGACGCGAACACACACUGUCUCGCUCUCUUCCUCUGAUUCCGUCUGUGCAUCUGCUUCUUCAUUUUCUCGCUCUUCGACAUCUGCAUCCUCUUCAUCUUCUGCCUCUCCGCCGUCUUCCUCGUCGUCUUCGCCUGCCUUCCCUUCCUGUUCUUCUUCGUCGCCUUCGUCUUUCCUUUCAACUCCUAAGAACGAGGAAGGAGAGAGAGGGAGCGAACGGGGACCAGACGGUGGGGAAGAGAAGGAGACGACGGAGGCGAAAGUCGCGAAGACGGAGGAAAAGAAGGAGAAAGCCGAGCAUGGUGAGGAGAAAGGAGACGGGGAGAAAGAUCCUGAAGAGGGUCCCAGAGGCUUCGCUGCUUUGCACAAAGACGACAGAGAUGCCCGCGCAAGAACCGUCGGCGUUGCUCGAAUUGAACUUUUAGGAAAGAAGGAAGAAAACCGCAUGCACGCAGAGCCAGCCAGAGGGCGGACGACGACAGACCGCGGAAAGAGGGAGGAGGAGCCCAGCGAGAAGACAGCAAAGGAGGCAGAGACCAAGGGAGACCCGCCUGUUUGGAGUCCAAAAAGAGAAGGUCCUCUUUCUCUCCCUCGAUUCACCGGAACAGGGGAGACGAAGGGCAAAACUGAGGAGACGAAACGGUGUUCUUCUUUCUCGUCUUCCCCUUCCCAUUGUGCUCUGCUCGCUGUGGAGCAAGUGGCGAGGGUGCUGGAGUACUCUGCGUCGGAAAAGUAUGAAAAAGAGAAAGAGGCGUUUCUGGGGAACUCGCCUUUGCGGCAAGCUUCCUCCGUCGAGUUAGGAAGGGCGCACAUCGAGGAGUUGCCAGAACGCAUGGCGCAGAGAGAAGCGAAAGGAGACAAGGGCACAGGCGCAGAGUGUGGCGGGGUGUCUGUACAGCUGACGGAGAGCGAAGGCGAAGAGGGGCAGACUGCAGAGGCGCAGAGAGAAGACGAAGAGUCCGAGAGCUCCGUUAACGAGGCAGAGUUAAAGAACGUCUGUUUGACGCUCAAAAAAGAACUUGAAGAAACUCUGGAGUGCAACGACGCGGAAACCACGCGACAACUCCUGGUGGAAACGCACCGCCUUCUCGUCCACCAACUCCCGGUCCCCCUCAUGCUUCGGAUUCUUAAACCGACAGGUCUAGGACGGACAGUUCAGGCAGUCGUCCGCCAUCGAGACGCGAGUCUCGCCUCUCUCGCCAGGCGCAUUGUGACGGUGUUGAAAGGGCGCAUAGCUCUGCAGGCUCAGCGAGAGCAAGAGUAG